GAUAGUAUUUAAAUGGCCGCACUAAACAUAACCUAUAACAGCAAAACGUCAAACACGUUAAUCAACGAAAUAAAAUGAAUUUUACGGAUAUUGACCAAUUUUAUAUAAAAGCGAUUGCGGCUUUAUAUUGUAAAGAUCAUUUACGAACAGGAGAUGCUCCAACACUACAAAAAAUUGCCGAGGACGCUAUUAAGGCAAAAUCAGGUAAAGACAAGGAUUUCUCAUCUUUCGUUGCACCAGCAGUAAAAUUACAAGCAGCUGCGGAAGAAUACAAGAAUGUAACUGGAGGUAUAGAGGAAACAAAGACUGCAUCGAGUUCAGAUAACGAAUUAGAACUUGAUUUAUGGAAAGAAGAUCUAAUGUGUGUUGUAUGCAAAGGAAUGGAUGUUGGGGCUAGAAAUCGACUGAUAGAAUGUUGUGAGUGUCAAAUAUUGUAUCAUCAAGAAUGUCAUUCGCCGCCUGUAUCUCAAGAAGAAGCGGAUCAAACAUGGACUUGUCAAAGUUGUAAAAAUGCGAAACAAGUUUAUACAAGCCCUGUAGGGUCGCGGCCAAAUUCGCCACAUACAAAAUCAUCAAAAUCGUCUUCACAUAAAAAUAGUAGUGGAUCCAGUUCUACGUCUUAUAAGAGUAGCUCAAGUUCGAAAAAUGCGCAAAAAACCGGAUCGAGUUCAUCGUCAAGUAAAUCAUCUAGCAAACAAUCUUCGUCGUCUUCAGCGUCAUCUUCACCUGCUCAUAAUCAAGGAGUUUCAAGUAGUUCUAGCUCGUCUAGAAGCUUAAUGAAACCCAAUAUUAAUAUUAUUAGUGCAGAUAAGAGGAUACAAAGUAUGAAGAAAAAGGCUGCUAAGUUACAAGAAAAGAAAAAAUUACCAAGAUAAUCUUAAUAAUUUAUCU